GCAGACAAACUCUCAAGUCCGAUCAGAAACGAGAACAAAAGAGAAGAGAUUGAAUUUUGGUGGCACCAUGUUCAAGAGAGACGACUACAUUCUGGCAGGGUUUCGCCCGAUCCAUGCUUCUGCGUAAACCCAUUUCAGAAACUGCAGAAUUACGCAAGACUUUUGCGGACUACUCCUUAAUUUCUCGAGAUUUAGGUCCAAAGAUUCUGAUAGGAGCCAACGAUAAGGACAAUUUCAGAAAAGAGAAAGAUCGUGUAGGUAGUAGAUACAGAGUCCAAGGAGCCUUCCCGGGUCUGUAUGAGCUCGGUCAUGACCAUGGCCGAAAAGAUGAUGUUCUUGUGGCUAAUCUUGGUCAACCUGAAAGCAUUAGAUCUCGGCUCCGUGGCAACCGAACUGAAGAGAAGAAGUAUGAUUCUGCAGAAGAGAGAGAGGUCAGUUCUGAUGCAGCUGAGAAGGAGAUUAAUUCUCUUCCAUCUAUACUUAGACUCAGUCCGUCCAGACCUCAACCGGUUUCAGAGAGACAUGAUGACAUUGUUGAUGAGUCUGACUCUGCUUCUGUUUGUGGAGUCUUACUAGAAGAUGGUACUACUUGCACUACAAUUCCAAUCAAAGGAAGAAAGAGAUGCGCAGAGCAUAAAGGGAAGAAGCUUUCACGUGUUUCCCCCGAAAAUCACAUACCGUGUGAAGUUCCCACCGCAAGAGAAUCCAAAGAAACUGAGGAUACAUGUGGAGUGAUUUUACCUGAUAUGUGGCUCUUUGGUAGAAAACAAGAAGCUGAAGUAGGACCGUUUUCAGCAUGGAAUAUUACUGGCACAUAUAAAGACUACUUAUCAAAAGUGGGUAUCUCAGGAACUUGGAAGUUUCUGAAUUCCGUAAAUAGCUCUUCAAAAUUCCAAGACUUUCAAAAAGAAAUGUGGCUCUUUGGUAGAAAACAAGAAGCUGAAGUAGGACCGUUUUCAGCAUGGAAUAUUACUGGCACAUAUAAAGACUACUUAUCAAAAGUGGGUAUCUCAGGAACUUGGAAGUUUCUGAAUUCCGUAAAUAGCUCUUCAAAAUUCCAAGACUUUCAAAAAGAAAUGCUUGGAAUUAUCUCCUCUCAAGUCUUUCAAGAAUCUGCAAGAGACAGAUUACUGAAACGGAAACUUUUCCAAUACGGUUUACUUUUCAGCUACUCUGAUCUUCGAUUCUCUUGUACUUCAGCUCCAGUACUAAAUGAGAUGGAGAAGCACUGUAAUAUCGAAAUAGCAGCUCAAGUAUCCCGUGUGGCUUCUAGUGAAAAUAAUGGAGACAAAAAUUAUUAUCGCAUGGAAGGAUUGAUGGAGAGUCCUGGGGGAAUUUCUACCUCAAGACAAUUGCAGGCGAGUGAAGAGCCUGUAUCAUCACCUUUGUCAUCUCCAGCUCUGUUGGGUAGUGGAAAAGAAGAUGAGCAGAAGAUUAUCCCAAAGCGUCAGAAAGUUCAGGCUGUCCUCAAGUCCAUGAAGCAGAGUCCUAGGAAGGUCAACCUGGUUGCAGCACUAGUCCGUGGCAUGCGUGUCAAACGGGCUUCACAAACCGUGUACCGGGUUAUCCACGCUGCCCUGGGAAAUGCUACUCAUAAUCAUGGACUAGAUCCUGACCGUCUCCUUGUUGUCUCAAGCUACACCGCGGUGGCUAAAGCGAUCAUGGUUCUCUUCUCGCCUCGAAAUAUCAUUCGUUGGGAACUGGAACAGAUUUACGAGACAGCUAAAAAGGAGAUGGCCUCCUUGGAACGUAAGUGGGAAGAGCAGAUCGAGACAACUAAAAAGGAGAUAGCUUCCUUGGAACGUAAGUGGGAAGAGCAGAUCAAGACAUGUGAAAAGGUGGACGAGCUGAUCGAGACAUGUAGAUUGAUCUUGGAACAGCAGAAGAAGAAAUACAUAUUGAUCUCUUACGCUUUAACCGAGAUUAAAUCCAUGGCUUCACGAACGGGGUUGGAUCCUCAGGAAAUUAAAGAAAUGUGCAGAAAUCUUGAAAGCAAACAAGAUAAGAAAUCAUUGAAUCUGUCCCCAGAUGACAAUAUGCAUGUGGAGGGGUUUGCACUAAGUGUCUUUGCAAAGGCAGACAAGCAGGAUCGUGCAGGAAGAGCUGACUUGGGCACUGCCAAAACUUUUUAUGCUGCGGCAAUCUUCUUUGAAACUCUGAGCCAGUUUGGCCCUGUACCUCCUGAUAUAGAGCAGAAACAGAAGUACGCUGCUUGGAAGGCUGCUGACAUAAGGAAAGCCAUUAAAGAAGGAAGGAAGCCCACUCCAGGUGAUCCUGUUGAUGAUGAUAAUGAUUUACCCAUCCCAUCAAGCGGUCCUAGUGGCUCCUAUGAUCACGGUGCAAAUGUCCCGCCUCCACCACCGUCUUCUUACCCUUCCAACGAUCUCCUUCCCCCUCCCACGGGACCAUCAGACUCCCCUUACCAGCAUCCUUACAGUCAUCAACCAUACCACCAAGACCCGUCACAACACAUGCCGCCACCACAAAACUACUCAGCCCAUGAGCCUUCUCCAAAUUCUCUCCCCAAUUUCCAAUCUUAUCCUAGCUUCAGUGAGAGCAGCCUCCCAUCCACUCCUCCCCACUACCCUUCUCACUACCAAAACCCAGAACCUUACUAUUCUUCUCCGCAUUCCGCACCUGCUCCUUCUUCCGCAAGCUUCUCCUCUGCUCCUCCUCCUCCACCUUACUCAUCAAACGGGCGUAUCAAUAUUGCUCCUGUGCUAGAUCCUGCACCGAGUCCAGCUCAGAAGUACCAUUACGACAGCAGCUACCAGCCAGGGCCUGAGAAGGUUGCAGAGGCACACAAGGCUGCUAGAUUCGCUGUGGGAGCUUUGGCUUUUGAUGAAGUCUCGACUGCUGUAGAACAUCUCAAGAAGUCACUUGAGUUGCUAACAAAUCCAUCGGCCGGUGCCGGUCACUGAAUUUUAUAUUUAAUCUGUGAAACUUGGGGUUGAUGUUAGUGCGUGUGUGUGCUCACAAUCACAUCGUGGGUUUGUUUAUUAACUUUUCAGGCUCAGACUUCGUGUACAAAGAAAAAUGGUGUGAAUUA